UAUUGUGAACUUAGAACUUUAUAAACAACAAGAUUAUAUUUCUUUAUCACACACACACAAUGUGUGACCUUUGCCUGCAGUUUCAUUUUCACUAUUGCACAGAUAAAAGGAGAAGGGCUUUCUGUGAGUGGGAGCAACAUCCUUUGGUGCAUCCUUCGAGGCAGAGCAAGCCCGGGAGCAGCUAAAGACCACAGGAGGUCCGGCUGAUUUCUGCCCUUGGGGAGGCGGAGGGGGGGAGCGGCACCAUGGCCCAGUCGCAGAGCACCAUCGAGAUCCCGGCCCUGGGCCGGCCCUUCCAGCUGGGGAUGCUGUACGACUGUCGCAAGGAUUCCCUGAUCCCAGGGAUCACCCUUUGGGAUCUGGACUCCCUGCAGAAGGACCUGUGCAUCAAGCCACAGCCCAAAACGGAAUUUGAGGUCAUUGCGUCCGACUCCAUUGACGAUAAAGCUUCGGCCCUCAACGUCUCAGCGUCACUCAAGGCCAGUUUCCUGGGGGGUCUGGUUGAAGUGGGGGGAUCGGCCAAAUACCUUAAUGACACCAAGAAGUCCAAGCAACAAGCCAGAGUCACUCUACAAUACAGAAUGACCACCAAGUACGAACAACUCACCAUGAGCCAUUUGGGAACCCAAAAUAUCUCUUAUCCAGCUGUGUUUGAGCAUGGCACCGCCACCCACGUAGUCACUGCCAUCUUGUAUGGAGCCCAGGCUUUCUUUGUGUUUGAUCGAGCAGUUUCUUCUUCUGAGUCGGUACAAGAGAUAGAAGGAAGCCUCCAAGUUGUGAUUGGGAAAAUAGUAUCUAUCAAAGGGGAAGCAGACAUCCAGAUGAACGAGAAGGAGAAAUCGCAUGCUGAGAACUUCAGCUGCAAGUUCUACGGUGACUUUUCUCUAGAGAAUAAUCCAUCCAGUUUUCAGGAUGCUAUGAGAGUAUACGCCACUCUGCCCAAAAUGAUGGGCACCGAUGGGGAAAAAGCUGUGCCUGUCAGAGUCUGGUUGUACCCAUUGACCAUGCUGGACUCAAAAGCAGCAAAAAUGGUCCGUGAAAUCAGCACAGCCCUGAUCUUUGAUGCUCAAAAGGUUCUGGAGCAACUGAAUGACAUCAACAUGAGAUGCAACGACCUAGAAAAGGAUCCCAUCACAGACACUUUCCCAGAAAUCAAGGGGAAAAUCAGCGGUUUCAAGGAUUUGUGCAAACAGCACAGACAGACAUUCCAAAAGCAGUUGGCAACAAUCCUGCCUUCCAUCCGGGGUGGGGGGAAAGAGGAAGGGGUCCUGGUGGACCUCCUGAUGUCUGUAAACCAAUCCCCCUUCAACAGCAAAAGGCUCGAUGAGUUUCUUGACAGCAAGAAAAGAGAGGUUAAUUUGGUGAAAUCUUACCUGUCGAUCCUAAGUGGGGAAGAGAUUGAAACAGUCUCUUCUCAGAGCAGAUUGGAAGAAAUAGUACUUGACCCCCAGAAUGAGUUUGUAAUUUCAUUUACAUUCACUUCCCUACAUGACGAAGAGCCUUUUUUAUCAACCCUACAAGACUGCCUUCAGAGACAAUUUUUCCAAGCAGUGGAUGACAGUUCAAGGGGUGGCCACGUGUUGGAGAAAUGGAAGGCAUGGUUUGAGGACAAAGAAAAAACCCGAAAUGCUCGGAAAGCUGCUAAAUCUAUUAUAGACUUUGCCUGUGUGAACAAAUCAUCUGGAAAGACCCGGUGUGUUGUGGCAUCUGUCUCACACGGGGACACGCCAGGAGCUUCUGUUUACCUCUAUGAAGAUGGGGAGCUCAUCAGCAGCAGCUUUGAGCUGCCAUCAAAACCUCUCCCGCUCCUGAUCAGUGACGUUGGUCAUGACAGCGUGCAGCUGACCUUCCAACCGGCCGAUUACGGGAGGGCUGCGAUCUCCAGCUAUCAGGUGGAGUACAGGAGGGCAGGAAAGGAAAACUGGCAGUCUGUCUGUACAGAGGACAGCCAGGGGGCUUUUCUCUUAAGAGGGCUUCACCCAAACAUGGAGUAUCAGUUCCGAUACGUUGCAAGGAGCAAGCCUGGGCUCAGUGAGACCAGCGAUGUGAGCCAAACUGUCAGGACCCUUCCCACCAGCCCUCCUGGGAAACCUGAAGCCGUAACUGUUGAGUCAUCCAAAAUCUCUUUUUCCUGGAAAAGCCCCCGAGCGAUUGGGGCAGGAGCUGUUCUAAAGGAAUACAAAGUGGAAUACAGAGAGGGAAGCAUUGACGAAUGGGAGGAAAUGAAAACAAGUAAAAAAACAGAGUUCUGGGAGAUUGCUCCACUCAGGCCCCAAACGGCCUACAAAGUCCGAGUGUCUGCCGUGUGUGCUGACGGGGCUCAGAGCGCUCCCAGUGAUGAGACGGAGAUCUCCACGUCACUUGAAGAAGAAGAAGGGAAGUCCCCAGUAGCUCAGAGAUACCUCCAAGAAAGCACCUUGGUCGUCCCAGGGCAGCCCUCCAUCUAUGUCCUUCCAUUGAAGAAGGCCAGCUCCGAUGGGUCCUCAUCUUGUAUAACGUAUCUCCUCGGGAAAGAGAACUUGAGGGUCCCCAACAAAGUGAUCAUGGUGAUGGGAGCCACAGGGUCAGGCAAGACCACCCUCAUAAAUGGGAUGGUCAACUACAUCCUGGGUGUGCAGUGGAGAGACCCCUUCCGCUUCAAACUUAUCCAUGAAGUCACCAACAGAAGCCAGGCUGAGAGCCAGACCUCUGAAGUGACAGCCUACGUGGUCAAUCAUCAGAAGGGCUUCCGAGUCCCCUAUUCCCUCACAAUCAUCGAUACCCCCGGCUUUGGAGACACGAGAGGAAUCGAGCAUGACAAACAGAUAACGAGGCAGAUCCGAGAGUUUUUCUCCACCCCGGGAGGCACUGAUCAUAUCGAUGCCAUCUGCAUUGUAGUUCAGGCCUCUUUUGCUCGUUUAACACAUGCCCAGAAAUACGUGUUUGACUCCGUGCUGUCCAUUUUUGGGAAAGAUAUCAAGGACAAUAUUCAGGUCCUGGUGACUUUUGCAGAUGGACAGACCCCUCCUGUCCUCGAGGCCAUCAGAGUAGCUGAUGUGCCCUGUGCAAAAGAUACUGAUGGGACCCCCGUUCACUUCAAAUUCAAUAAUUCCGCACUUUUUGCUAAGAAUCCUCUAGACAACAAAGGCCACUGGAGUUUUGAUGAAAUGUUCUGGGAAAUGGGUUGUCAGAGCAUGAAGACCUUCUUUGACUCAGCAAACAGACUGGAAACUAAAAGCCUGACGUUGACAAAAGAAGUUCUCCGGGAACGGAAGGAGCUGGAAGUUGCUGUGGAGGGGCUACAGCCCCAAAUCAAAGCUGGACUAACAAAGCUGGAAGAACUAAGGAAGACAAAACACGCUCUGGAUCAACACAAGGAGGACAUGGCAGCCAACAGGGACUUUGAGUAUGAGGUAGAGAUAACGGUGCCAGUGCAAAUCGACAUCUCUGGAAGUGGUAAUUACAUAACUAAUUGCCAGAUUUGUCAUUUUACCUGCCACUUUCCUUGUGGGAUUCCUAAUGAUGAUGGAAAACGUGGUUGUGCUGCGAUCGAUCAGAGUACAGGCAUGUGCACUGUUUGUCCUAGCCGGUGUGUGUGGAAUGUUCAUUUCAACCAGAAGUACAGAUUUGAAUAUCAAAAAAAGAAAGAGAAACAGACCUAUCAAGAGUUGAAGCGAAAAUAUGAAGAAGCAUCUGGUGAGGUCAUGAGCACGGAGAAGGUUCUGGAAAGUCUCACUCUGGAGUACGAAGAAGUGAAAUGUGUCUUAGUGGAGCUGAUCAAGAAAUCCUCUCAGAGCCUCCAGCGACUGCAGGAAAUUGCCCUGAAGCCCAACCCUCUGUCCACUCCCGAAUACAUCGACCUGCUCAUCCUGUCAGAAGAAGAGGAAAGAAAGUCGGGCUAUCAGGAAAGGAUCCGGACCCUCACGGAGGUGAAGAAAGUGGCUGAAAUCAUCCAGAAGAUUGCCAACAAGGAGCCUCUCCUGCCUGGGGAGCAGGAUUUGUAUGAGCACAUUGAACAGAAAAAAACCCCUUCCACUCUGAAGGACGCAUUUUUGAAAGGGGUGGCAACUGUUAGGAGCUGGUUUAAGUAAGGGGCAAUGCACGCACACGCACGCGCACGCGCGCGCGCGCGCGCACACACACACACACACACACACACACAUUUAUCCCUAGAUGGUACGCCACCUCUGACUGGUUUUCGGCGAAGGAUCUUCGCUUGUCUGUGUCAAUCUCUGCCUGGGACAUUUUCUUCUCCUGUCCUCAUCCACAAAUCCCGCUUCACGCUUCACUUGGUGCAAAGGGAUUCCAUGCUGGGGUUUAUCCUGACUCAUGCGAGUGUCCUUCAGCUGGUUUAAGUUCCUGAAUAAGUCUGUUCCUCCGCCAUGUCAGAAGAAUGUCAUUGGGAGCGACUUCCCAGAGAGCCAGGAGUCGAGUGAGGCAUUGCAGGAAAGAGUCCAACUUCUACUGACUGGCACAUCCCCACCCCAAAGCCAGCCAUUGGCACAGCCAGGGUGCCAUCCUUCUGCCAGCUUCACCCACAAUGGACCCUCCUUUCCUGCGGCCUCUGUCAAAGUUUGAAAUUCAGGAUGCAUGCAUUGCUGGAAUAAUGAGGGAGAGUGUAAAAAAAAGAGCAACCUUUGAAAUGUACAGUGUGAUUAGCAAAAGGACGUUUGAACAGCCGUGUGCAAAAUGUCACUGCAGACCAAUCAGCAGCCAGCCACAUUGGAAAGCAAAGUCAGGUAAUAUAAAAUUAACUCUGAAAAGUAGAGUAGGACCCCCAUAUCUGCCGGGGAUUGGUUUCAAGUCACCCCCCCAACCAUGGAAAAUUGAGCAUGGAUAUAAACUAAUAAUAUCAAAGCAUAACAUUGGGGGGGGGAGUGAAGACAUAACAAUGGAGAAAAAAACACACACUUUUAGAAUAUUGAGGUGCAUGUAUAGCCAAUUGGUAUCUUACUGAGUUGCUGUUUGAUCUCCUGGUAUUUUUCUCACCUAUAAAAAUUGUUCCUAACUGACUUACUAUGGAAUCUGUCUGAUAUGACCGCAGGUAUUCCAGGGAAUAAGCCAAAACAUAAACAAAGGCUUUGCUUCCUUAUAAGUUUGCUAUCUUAGCAAAACCAAUAGAGAUGAUCAUAGGAAUUUUACAAGAUGUAUUUCACAGGGCAGCAGGUCCCUGCCCUAGCAAAUUUCAGUUAUCGAAAGUUGAAGGGAAAUGUAAACAAGUGAGAGAAAGAUAAAUAUAGGGAAGCAGAAGAUACACGACAAGACAGACACUCCAGAUACCAACAACACAGACCAGGUGUGAGGCAGCAAGAGGCAGGCAGCCGACUGUGGGGAUUUUUUUUUCCCCACAGCCGACAACACACAGGCCUCAUGCAACUCCCUCCAUAGAUGCCAACUGGCUCAUGGAUGGAUUGGCUGGGUGAGAACCUUGUUUAGAAACUGCCUUGUGUACCUGAAUAUCUUUAAAGGCUAAGAAAUACAUAUUUACUUCCAUAUAUUUUUACUUUUAAGAACUUUGAUUUUUUAAGAGAAAUAGACUCUGCUUUUUGAUUGUACCUUUUAAGAUUAUAAGCUGCUGCAUUUUUAGAAUGUAAUUAAAACAUUUUUUUUGGUAUUUUUAUUGUACCUUUUCUGCUCCUGCCUUCUUGAAAUAUGAAAUAUGUUUAAGUUCUUGUCUGUAAUUUUUAUAGCCAAAAGCUUAUGAUGGGAAUAGAUUUUGCUGACGUAAGCUCUGCAUACAAUUUAGGUUUUGCUUUUCAGUGUACUUUUGGCUGUGAUUUUUCAUAGUUGUAAGACUUUUCAAUGGCAAUCAUGGCUGCAGCUUUUCACAAGGAAGGAUUUCUGUUGAAGCUUUUCUGUCUACAGCUUCUUUUCAUAGCUGUAGGAAUGAUUUUUUUUUUGUAAGAUGAAGAAAUGGGCCUGUAACUUCUCAAAAAAAAAUUAAAUGCUUUCAAUAACUUUUGGAUUUCUGUGCAUAUAAGCCAUGUAGAUGAAUAAAGUUUGUAGAAUUAGA